AUGGCCGACUCGUACUCCAGCUCGUCGUAUUACUAUAGUUCCACCACCAACACCACCGAUGGCUCUACCACCACCGGCCACAGAUACACCACAUCGUCCCACACCGAUGCAAACGGUAAUACAAUCGUGCGGACCGCCCACCAGGACCUAGGCCAGCCCGCCGUGAUCGAGGAGCGCCGCUACGACCGCACCGGCCAGGAGCAGCAGCUGCUUGAGUCGGGCACGUCCUCGCUGGCUGGCGGGGUCCGUCGCAUCGCGGAACUAGAUGACGAGACCAGCGCAACGACCUAUGAUGCGGGAACAGCAUAUGGAGGCGCGGCAUCGUCGAAUCAAGACCAGGGGGGCGAAGCUGGCGACGAGGCGCGGAGAUCAUCGUACGAUAUCGGUCCCUCCCUUUAUCGUGCCCGAACUUACAACCCGUACACAGGAGCGUAUGAGGAGCAGCGGGUCAAUUAUGACUCCGACGGUGUGCCGCGGUAUCGGAAAGAUGGAGGAAGAAGCGAGCAUAGAAGCCAGAGUGGAUACACAACGGAGGAGAGGAUGAGCCGGGAGUUUGAGACGGAUCAGGGAACGAGGUUGAAACGGGAAACGGAUGUAAAUAUGUCGGAUGUGCUGUAA